UCCGCGGUUGAUAUUUGGUGAAAGGAAAGUGAAGGGAAGCCGCCAAAAUGAUAAACAAGCCGCUUGUACUGACUUAUUUCUACCUAUUGAUCUACGUUUUGCUUUCUUCCGGAGUUAUAUUGUACAACAAGUGGGUUCUGUCUCCUAAAUACUUCAAUUUUCCAUUGCCUAUAACGUUGACAAUGAUUCACAUGGCUUUCUCCGGACUGGUUGCAUUUCUUCUUAUCCGUGUUUUCAAGGUUGUAGCUCCUGUCAAAAUGACAUUUGAAAUAUAUGCAACAUGUGUAAUACCUAUAAGUGCCUUCUUUGCAUCAAGUCUUUGGUUUGGUAACACUGCCUAUUUGCACAUAUCUGUGGCUUUUAUCCAGAUGCUCAAAGCUCUAAUGCCAGUGGCAACAUUUUCCAUGGGUGUUAUGUGUGGCACUGACAAACCAAGGUGCGAUGUGUUCUUAAACAUGGUGCUGGUCAGCGUUGGAGUUGUCAUUUCCUCAUAUGGGGAAAUACAUUUUAAUAUAGUUGGCACAGUUUAUCAGGUUACGGGCAUCUUUGCGGAAGCUCUUAGGCUGGUCUUAACUCAAGUCCUCCUGCAAAAGAAGGGCUUGACUCUAAAUCCUAUUACCAGCUUAUACUACAUUGCACCAUGCAGUUUCGUAUUUCUUUUUGUCCCUUGGUGUUUACUGGAGAAGCCUGGGAUGGCAGUUUCACAGAUACAGUUUAAUUUCUGGAUCUUCUUCUCCAAUGCUCUUUGUGCUCUGGCUCUGAACUUGUCCACAUUCUUAGUAAUUGGAAGAACUGGAGCUGUCACCAUCAGGGUUGCUGGUGUUCUAAAAGACUGGAUACUGAUUGCCCUUUCGACUGUUAUUUUUCCAGAGUCUACCAUAACUGGGCUAAAUAUAAUUGGUUAUGCAAUCGCUCUCUGUGGUGUUGUCAUGUAUAACUACAUAAAGGUUAAGGAUGGUCGUGCUCUGCAGCUACCUUCUGAUAGUAUUCCAGAGAGAAUCACAAAGGAUUGGAAGUUCGAGAAGAAGUCAUCAGACAUAUUCACCCCGCAUAGCAGUAGUAAUAGCAAUGGAGGGAACUUGGAUGUCUCUGAAUUGAAUGAUGAAGAAGCGCCCCUUCUUUCAUCAAGGCUAUCUCAUAUCGGGCGUUCACAACUCAGCAACCAAACCAUACGGCAUGAAUGAUGUUGGAGAAUGGUGGUAGUAAUUGGAACAGAUGGAGAAUGAAUUGGCAAAAAGGAGGCAGUUGACAUAGAAGUUGAAGGGAGAAAUUGUUUUCACAGUUGAUAGCAAAGAGCAAUAUUAUUGUAAUUACGUUGCUCAGAGACCCAUAAGUGGGGGAUGAGCUUACCGUAGUAUGGUUUAUUUGGAUAGAAUUGCAUUCUUUGAACUCCCACUUACUCACUCACUCACAGUGACACUAAACCCCCUUUUGGAUUCGCAAAUGCUUGCACAAUUAUUAUUUAUAUUAUUCUUCGUUAAUUUCCGUGUAUUA